CAUCUCGUGUCAUAAAAUCUGACUUUUCAAAUUUUUGUGUUUUCAUUUUUUUAUACAUUAAAAAAAUGUUUAUGUCGCGGCAAUUUUAUAAAAUAACAUACAGUGCAUUCUUUACUGUUACGAGAAAUCAUCAAGUAGCCAUUGUAGGAGCAACCAAUGAAGUCGGACAAACAACUGCGCUUUUGCUGCGAACAUGUCCUUCCGUGAGCAAAUUAGUCCUACACGACACAACCGAUAGCACACCCGGUAUUGUUCUAGAUCUAUCUCAUAUCCCAUCCAAAUCAAAAGCUAAAGGUUACUGCGGUAGUAAUACUUUGGAAGAGGCCUUACAAGGUUCAAGUUUAGUUCUUGCUGUCGGUGGUUUACCGCAAAAAUCUCUUCCAACAUCACAAUCGGUACUUUCUCAAAAUGCGGAUUUUAUAAAAAUUGUUUCUUCAGCGGUGACUAGAAUCGCACCAGUGCCAUUCUUUGGCAUAGUAACAGAACCUAUUAAUACUCUCGUUCCUAUGGCAGCUGAGGUUAUGAGACAUCAGGGAUGUUACGAACAGAACAAACUAUUUGGCGUUACCAUCAUCGAUGCAUUAAAAGCGCAGACGUUGUACGCUAAAGCGAACGGUUUUGUGCACAGCGAAUGCCAUGUGCCGGUCAUCUGUGGCCAUUCGAGAACAACUAUGGUGCCGUUAUUAUCCCAAGCGAGUCCUAAGACCGUUCUACCUGAAGAGACGUGUCUUGAUUUAACUACUAGCCUACGAGAUUAUACGAUUUAUGAAAAGGCGUCUUCACCUCUGACCCCUGCCUUAUCCAUUGCUUAUAGCGUAUAUUUAUUCACACAAAGGAUAUUAGAAGCAAUAGAUGGACAAAUAUCACAAGUGAACGCUUUGGUAGAGAACAAUGAUUUCGGUACUUCAUAUUUCUCAGGACUGGUUGAAGUUAAUAAGAAUGGUAUCGGUGAAAUGAGACUCUAUUCAGAUUUGUUCUCCUACGAAUGCGGUAUACUCGAACAGAGUAUUAGACAAUUACGAGAAGACGUCACAGUUGGAAAGAAAAUAUUAGAAAUUGUCUAAGAAAAU